AUGAACACAAUCACCACUACAAAUGAAAGUUGUCCAAAUGAAUGGGAUCUGUUAGCGAAUACAUUUAAUCAAAAUUUAUAUAUAUAUUUAACACCAAUUAUAAUCGGCAUAGGAUUAUGUGGAAAUAUUUUGACAAUAUUAGUAUUUUCUCGUACAGAUUUGCAACGACAAUGUGUUUGUGUAUUAACAAUAAGCUUGGCUAUCGUCGAUUCACUUGUGUUACUAAUACCUGCUCUAAUAUUAUGGCUCGAGACAGUUUUGAAAAGAGAAUUUUCCGAAACGUCUGGUUUCUGGUGUCGUACACAUGGUUUUUUUGACUUAGCAUUUACGUGUACUUCCAGUUGGUUAAUUGUUUUCAUUGCAUUUGAUCGAUUUAUAGCUGUCUGGUUACCACAUAACAAGACACUGUUUACACAUCGGCGAACAUUUAUCCUUGUCCUUUCUACUAUUCUUAUUUCUGCUGUUAUUUCAUCAUGUAACUUUGAACAUACAAAUUCGUCAUAUAGCAUUGCAUUAUUAUCGAAAACCAAUAGUUCAUCAUUACUAGUAGACGUUAAUUCUAUUAUUCUUUCUCGUUGUGGAAUAAAGCAUAAAGUAGCUUACCACAUUGUUGGUACAUUGGCCAUUGUAAUUAAUUAUUUUCUACCGUUUUUAAUCAUAGCCGUAGCAAAUACUACAAUUAUUUAUCGUUUGAGUUUACGUGGUAUUGUUGACAUUACAUCAAACAUCACAUUAAUGUUAAUUCUCGUCUGUAUCAUGCAUUUAGUGUGUACGUUCCCAUAUCAAUCAUGGUGGCUCUAUUAUCAAGUUGUACAGGAAAAACCGACUAAUUGUGAAUGGUUAAAAACAAAAGCAAAAUGGAGAAAUUUUACGUUUACUAUACGCAAUAUUAAUUAUAUGCUAAAUUUUUUUCUUUAUUCCUGUUCAUCACGCCUUUUUAGAGACGAAUUAAUUAAAUUAAUUACUAUAUGUUUAUUUCCGUCAGAACAAUCAAAUUAUCCCGCUUAUUAUUAUCGAAGAACUAGUACAUAUAACAAUAAUACAGGACAACGUUUUUCAAUUUCGAGAUUAAUUCUUAGAAGAUUAAGUAGAACAACAGAAUAUACAAAUGGCUGA